GCGCGUCCCGGAUGGCCCCGGCCCGGCUGGCGGCGGCGCUGCCCCGCGCCAUGCGCCUGCUGCGCUUCCACGGCCCCGGGACGGCCGCGCCCCGGCUGGGGCUGGAGGUGGAGGAGGGCGGGGAAGUGGUGGACCUCGGCGAGGCCGAGCCCGCGCUGCCCCGCUCCAUGCGCGCCUUCUUGGAGAGCGGCGAGAGCGGCCUGGCGGCUGCCCGCAGAGCGCUGGCUUCGGGCCGGCACCGUUUGCCCCGGGCGGGAGUGCGGCUGUUGGCGCCCAUCGACGACCCCGAGAAGGUGAUCUGCGUGGGGCUGAACUACCGCGACCACUGCCUGGAGCAGGACGUCAAGGUGCCCAAGGAGCCGCUCAUCUUCAGCAAGUUCCCCAGCGCCAUCGCUGGGCCGUUCGAUGACAUCGUGCACCCCGCCGAGAGCAGUGAAGUGGACUGGGAGGUGGAGUUGGCUGCUAUCAUCGGGAAGACGGGGCGGCACAUCCAGGAAUCAGUGGCAAUGGAGCACAUCGUGGGCUUCACUGUGGCCAACGACGUCAGCGCCCGGGACUGGCAGAUGCGAAGGAAUGGGAGGCAGUGGCUGCUGGGGAAGACCUUUGAUACCUUCUGUCCCAUAGGGCCGGCUAUUGUCACCAAGGACUCUGUGACAGAUGUCCACAACCUGCGCAUCCGCUGCAGCGUCAACGGGCAGCUUAUGCAGAGCAGCAGCACCAACCAGCUCAUCUUCAGGCUGCCCCAGCUUGUCGCCUGGGUGUCCCAGUUUGUCACACUGCGCCCUGGGGAUGUUCUGCUGACAGGAACCCCUCCUGGUGUGGGGGUUUUCCGGAAGCCCCCCAUGUUUCUCAAGCCAGGUGAUGAGGUGCAGUGUGAGAUCGAGGAACUGGGAACCAUCUGCAACAAGGUGGUGUGAGGACCGAGCCCCCACCUCAGGCCUCCCACGCCUCGCCAUGAUGGCGCUCAAUAAAUCUGCAUCAGGAGACA